AUGUUAGUUGGCUUCGUUGUCCCAGAUGAGUGUGCAGGAAUUUUCUCUUUCAAGCCUGAAAUGACUGACUUGGUAAUCUGCAUUCAUUUCAAGAAGUUAAUGAUCAAGCACCGAGUGAAUAACUUCAUUCCAGACAAUUUCCAACUUUAUCCGAAUUUAAAAGUUGAAACUUUCAAAAUGACUUAUAUGGAAGCCGAAGCAGUCGCAUCCCUCUAUAGAGGUAUCACCAAGGCGUCCCUUGAAAACGCAGUCGAUACCAUGUGGCUGAAUAUCCUGAACAUGUACUUCCACCCGAAGGAUGCUUUUGUGCUCCACCCCCAGAUACCACUCUCGGCAGCCAGUAGCAGGCGGGGGAAUAUUGCAGUUGCCCGUGUGAAUAAUGCGGGUCAUCAAGAGCUUGUUAUUCUCUGUGAGAGCAAGCGUGCCGAGUUCGAGGGGCAGAACGCCCAGUGGAAGGGGGCCAUCGAGCAACUGACUUCCUAUCUCAAUAUUGUCCGUUCUGGAUUUAAACCUGACAUGGAGCGUACUCUGUAUGGGAUAGUCGGAAUCGGCCGUUACUGUCGAAUCUACCAGCUUGGUGGGAACCAAGGGGAGGAACUAGAGGACUUUCCUCUCACAGAUGGGAAGCUCAUGCAUAUAAAAAACGACCAGGAAGAGAUCCACAAGGCGCUGGAGGAACUCGUGGAAAGGAUAUCUUUGUUUUCAUCCACUUAA